CUAACAGAAGCACUGCAGACAUUUAUAGAGAGACAAGCGAUAAGAGUCCUCAUACUUAAAGACUCCAUUAGCAACACCACUGACCCAGGAGCACAAACACAGAGCAAAUCAGUCAGUCAACAUGGCAAGUAAGAAAGCUGCAGCUAAGAGGGGGAAAACUGCUCAGAGGGGCUCCUCCAAUGUCUUCUCCAUGUUCGAGCAAUCACAAAUACAGGAAUUUAAAGAGGCAUUCGGCUGCAUAGAUCAGAACCGGGAUGGAGUUAUUAACAAAGCUGAUCUGAAGGAAACUUAUGCACAACUAGGAAAGCUGAAUGUGAGUGAUGAAGAGCUGGAGUCUAUGUUAACAGAGGGAAAAGGGCCCAUCAACUUUACUGUCUUCCUCACUCUCUUUGGAGAAAAGCUCAAUGGCACAGACCCAGAAGAAACCAUCCUUGCUGCUUUUAAACUGUUUGACCCAAAUGCUACAGGAGUUGUCAAUAAGGAUGAGUUCAGGAGGCUGCUAAUGAACCAAGCUGAUAAAUUCACAGCAGAAGAGGUUGACCAGGCUUUUGCAGUGGCUCCAAUAGAUGUGGCUGGGAAUAUUGACUAUAAAUCACUUUGCUACAUUAUCACACAUGGCGAUGAAAAAGAGGAGUCUUGAAUAAAGACAAAUCUUCCAUUGCAUUUGAAAUUUCUCAGUUCAGUUCAGUUCAGUCAACCCUCAGGCAUAUCAAGAUUUUUUUUUUUAUUAUUAUUCAUUUCAAAACAAGAUUUAUUGUUCUGGUAGUGCUAGAUAGAACAAAGUCAAGGCAAGUAAUGCAAAUCUAUUGCUUGCUGUCACAUGUAAUUGUACGGUUAGGAGCAGUGCACUACAAGACUGUUAUAUUGGACUAUUACUGUACAUAACUAACUGAACAUUAGAGAAGAGCAUACUGGUUGCUCACUUGUAAAUUCUGUCUGUAAUUGCUGCCCCCCACAGGUGGUUUUGUUAAAUUGCAAUUAGUAACUGGAACUGGCGCAUUUUCUCAAACCUCUAAUAAACUUCAUACUCAGUUGC